AGCCCGCACGCGUUGCACAGCGUCCGCUGCGUCGACGGGUCCCGCCGCCAGAGCGGUGUCGCCGUCGCCGCGCAGUGCGAGCACACCUUCUUCUCGUCCCCCGCGCCGCCCGCGCUCGACCGCCGCCGCGGUGUCACCAGCGGGGCCGACGUGGGAUCGGGGAGCGUGGGCGGGAGGAAGUAGCCGGACGGGGAGGACGAGGACGCGGAGGAUGUCGAGGACGAGUACGGCGACGGCGGGGAGUACGGCGAGUAGGCACCGCCGUGCGCACUAUGCAGCGCAGGGCCAUUCCACUGGUGCGGGGAGAGAUGCGCGUCGUGCCACAGGGACGAGGAGGUGACCCGCUCGUAGCCUGCUCCUCCCCAGGACUCGUUGUGUGCAUUACUUCCGUACGCCAAAUCCGCGAUAUCAUGGCUCCGAGAACUCGUCGGAGGCGCGUCAUACAUGGGAAUCAGCCCGCUCAGAUCGAUGCUCGGCGGCUGCUGCGUGGGCGGGAACACAUCGGCGACGAGCGUGGAGAGCGGUGGCAACGGGCUGUGGAUGUACGAGUUGGAGUGGUUCGACGACGAGGAUGGGGUGGCGGAUGCUGGGCGACUGUACACGCCGUGGUUCGUGUACGCGCCGUAAUGUGACGGCGAGGGCUCUGCCGGGCGAUGGCCUGGACAGACACCGACGUUAGAUUGAGCAGGAGAUAAUGGAUACCCAGCCCGCGCACCUUGUCCCCAAUAUGAUCGUGGCAUGGACCCGCUGUUGGAUCGAGGAGGGUGGGCCGAGAGCAGACCGUGAGGUUCUGCAUCGCCAGGAAGAGAGCUGAACAAUAGACUUGGGAGGGUCAUUGGGACGUAAGUCGACGCGUCUGUGCGUUCGGGGGGUACAC